AUGUCCGAGUUCAAAACAGACACGCUCGGCGAAGCGUCACCUUUACUUUGCGAUACCGUCGAACGACGACCCUACCAGGCAUAUUGCGCCACAGAAAUCUCAUCAUGUCCGCCCAGUCCAGACAUCCUAGUCCCAAGUCCGCUACGAAUAAGAAAAGUACAUUCACAGCAAGCCGAUACCGACACGCAAGCCACAGACACUGACGCGUCUGAACAAAACACUUCCCUCGUCCACGCAGCAACAUUCAGUCUUGACAAGCAUUUCAAUUUUGCAAGAGUAUUCACGUCAGAAAAAUACAGAAAGAAACAAACAAAACCGACAAAUCAAAACGAGCUGCUGAAAUGUACUGCAUCGGCAACUGCGGAUCACAUUGCACCACCUCCCACUCCACGCGGCAGCCACUUAGCGGUAGACAAUGCGACCGUAUACCACCAGGCACCAUCACGCCCACGGAUGCAACAAUUAGAAUACAUUGAUUGCUCGCCAGAACGUUCAAUUCCGCGUAAACCAGUCCCGAGGAACGGGUGGAGUCUGGGGUCGAGCUACCGUCCACUGCCCGCAGUACCAUUCGAAGAUGUUGCGCUCGAGAAUCUCAACAGUGAUGAGCCAGUUUACGAAGAUGAAAACUUAGAGUUUCAACUCGAGAAACCAACAUUGGCUGGCGAAAGGCUCGAGGUCCAAGACGGUCAGGCGGCUUCGAAGUACUCUAAACCCAUUUACAACAACUCACAUGAGCCCUUGCUGGACCCGUGCGACCACACUACAACUGCUACAGUGGAACCAGAGCUGGUGUUCAAAGAGCCAUUUUCAAUAUUGGGGUCGACAUUGUGUAGUCCGCACGUACGUGAGUCGAGGCCAGCUGUUCAGUCCAGGGUAUGUGACCAGCCUCCCUUGCCCACGGAACUGCAUAUGCUCCACAACCCCUCAUCCGACACAGACACGCCAAUCGUGCCCCAGCGAGCCCAUUCCAAGGAUAAAGACCUCAGAUACCAACCCGAACAGCUUCCGUCUCGAAUUUCCCGUCUCCAGUCUCCCUCCAAUCACGACACCCAUAUCACUCCCUUUGACUCCCCCACACUCCCACUACGACAUCCCGCACCCUCAUUCCAUUCAUACCUUGAAACACACAACGGCCCUCGGCCCCCUCCAUGGGGUUCUUACGAUACCCUCGCACUGCAGCGUCGUGAGCGCAGUGCAUACCGCGAGCGAGCACAGCAUCUCGUGGACAGAUUUGCAGCGGAUACCAUGACCACCACGACACCUUUCUAUCCAAAAUCACUAUCUACACACAGCUUGCAUACGGAUCCGUCGAGAGAAGUGCAAGAGUAUCGGGAGCAGAUACUUAGUGUGUAUCCGGACAUGGCGUUUAGCGGGGAUAAAGGGGGCGAAACAGGGGCGAGGACAAGGGCUUGCUGCUGUUUGGUUAUGUAA